GCGUGACCGGACCGAGGCUUCCGGUGUUGCUGAGGUUGAGUGUACUGGGACCGGGGGAGCUCGAGAGCCGCGACCACAGGGCUUCUUGGUUCCCGCGUGGGUGGGGGAGGCGCUGGCCUCAGGAUGGCGGCGCAGACUGAGGCGCCGCGGGUGAGUGGACGGCGCUCCGGCGACCCUUGCUGACUUCGUCUGCUGUCGGAGCCGGGCGGGGCUGAGCGCGGGCGUACGGCUGCUUCCAGCGGACUAACCCUCCACCGAAGCUCCCGCCGCCCUCGGACCUCCCAUCCCUCGGUCAAGGAGGCCAGACGGGCCAGACCGACACGCGUCUCCCCAGCUCAGGGAGGUUCUCCGGGUUGGGAGUUGCUGCUGUGUCGACCGUUGCGCAAGAGAGGUCGCAAGUGGGCGGUGCAAUGCAUCUCUCAGAUUAAGACAAGUGACGCUGGGUCGCACCUGACAGAUACCUGUUUUCCAGCGCCCAUGAGACUUGGCCUCCGGGCGUGUGCACGUACACGCGAGGCCCCGCGUUACUCUCGCAGUUACCCUGAUGGCUCACUGCGCCUUAUGCCCGAUUUUACCAGAUGUGUGAAUCCUGUCGACGUGGAUUGGGUUUUUUUGUUUGUUUGUUUUUUUGGAGUUUUUUCGUUUUUGUUUUUGGUUGGUUUUGUUUUGGGGGGAUUUUUUUUGUUGUUGGUUUUUGUUUUGGGGGUGUUGUUUUUGUUUUUGCGAGGACCCAUGUUGUGUCAGUUUCUUCUCCCUCCCUCACUUUAUUUCAGAUUUCCUCUGGUUUCUACCCUGUAAAAAUACUUUACUGUUGGUCUACGUAAAGUUGACCAGGUAUCUUUGGUCUCCUCUCCGUUUCUUGUGUUCUGAAUCUUCAAGGCAAUCUAAAAUUGCCUUGCUUCGUUAUUUGGUUGGUUAUAUAAAAUCUGUUCACAGUGCUUGUGUGUGAAUGCUUGUUGCUACUCUUCCCCAAGACCUAGAAUAGCCUAGCUCGAAUACAUUGAUUGCUUUCAGCAAUGAGUAGGUCUCCCCUUCAAGGGCUCCCUCCACAUGUGGAAAAAAUCCCAUCUCCCAGCCCUCCAACAUGGCCCACAAGCUGUACUAGUUGAUCUGCUUUCUGUUCUUUCUGGCACUGGGGACUGAACCCAGAGAUACUGUCCCACUUAUGUAUGUCCCAUCCCUUGCCUUAGCGUAUAUGUGUUGCUAAGUUACCUAAACUACCUUUAAUCAUGAAAUCCUCCUGCCUCAGCAUCUAAAUUACGGUCAUGUGACACUGCCCUGCCAGUUCUUGAUCUGCUCAUUAGCAACUUCUGCUUCCUCUUCCUUUGUCCCCUGACUCACUCCAUCAGCCAGAGCCCUGAAUUUACCAAGCUGUCUCCCAUUAUGCAGCCUUUGUCCUUGCACUUCUUUUGCUGAGGGACUCUGUCCAUGAUCUGUCCUGCACACCCUUUUUGUGCAUCAGGACUAGGGUGGUAUUUUCUUGGGCACCAUAGAUCUAGCUGAAGCACUGCCUCCUCCUUGCACCUUUGUGAGGUGUUUUACCAGAUGUGUAAAUCCUGUCGACGUGGGUUGGGGUUUGUUUUUUGGAGUGUUUUCGUUUUCGUUUUUGUUUUUCUUUUGUUUUUUUGGUUGGUUUGUUGUUGUUUUUUGGUUUUGGGGGGGGUUGUUUUGUUUGGGAUUUUUUUGCUUUGCUUUGCUUUGCUUUGCUCUUUUCUUUUGUGGUGGUGCUGGGAAUUGAAUCCAUGGCCCUAGGACUAAGCUACCUCCUUACCCCUUUCUAAAUUUUGAGACAAGUUCUGCUACGCAUGAGUUUGAGAUCUGCCUUGGCUUCCAGAGGUGCUUCUGACUAAAUACAGUGCUACCUUGAUUCACAAACUUAGUUCCACAAUUCUAGUAUGAUUUCUGUGAUCCAGGUACCCCUAUAUGAGACUGUGAUUUACUUUGAAAGCUGAGUCCAUUUUAGUGACCCUGACAUAGGAAUAAUAAUGGCAUUUAUUCAUGUGGUUUCUGGAAGACUGAUAGACAUUUCAGAGCACAUGACACUUACUUACAUGUUGUAGAUACUCAACUUAUAGCCUCAUUAGUUCUCAGAACUACAUAAUAAUAUAGGAAUGACUUUGGAUUUUGAUUUGGAAACUGAGACUUAUAGAAAUAAUAUGAAAUUUUCAUGAUCAAGCAGCUGGCAAAUGUGAGAUGUAAGAGGAUUGAUUGUGGCCCCAGUGCUAGGGUCCCUUAUUUGCUUUACCGUGGCAUGCACAGCCUUCUGUUUGGGGCAGGUACACUGAACACCAAGAGUUCAGCUGCUACUGCUGUCACAGUGUGAAUUAUCAAAAUUGUUUCUAUUUUGCUGUAUCUCAGAGCAUGUAAUCUAUGCCUGUCACAGUUCUCAACGAAUGCUAUUGUGUGUGUUUUCUUUAGUUGCUUUCCCAUGGGAAGCUUUUUGUCUGCUCAGAAUUACCUUACGCCUAAAGGCCAUAUGUACCUCCACAUUGACCCCAACAUAGAACUUGGCCCUCAGGAGCCCUAAGUCUUGGAGACUUUCAGUGAUGUGGCUGUGACCUUCACACAGGAGGAAUGGAGACAGUUAGACCUGACCCAGAGGACUCUGUAUCAGGAGGUGAUGCUAGAGAUCUGUACAAUUCUGGUCUCACUAGGGUACCAGGUUCCUAAACCGGAGUUGAUCUACCUUCCGGAGCAUGGGCAGGAGCUGUGGCAAAUGAAAGGCCUCAUGCCUGUCACCUGUGCAGGUAAUAGAGCACAACUUCAGACCAGUAUGCCAACCACCUGUCUUCCAAGCAAGUCUGAAGAAAUCUUGCUCCAUGGAAGGCAAACUCAGAAAUCUUCGGAGGACUUUGGAUGGGGUACCCUGGAGAUCAGGAAGGGCUUUUGGAAAGGACAGAAAGAAUGUCCUAAAGAGACCAGUCCUGGAAACACAUGUCCUGAAGGUGGUAGUUUGGAAAUGGAUGGUGGUUUGUACUCCAGGAUAUUACAGGAGCAAGCCCCACCGGAUAUUCUCCGUGGAUGUGACUCUCAGCAAACUGAGAAAGAUACUUCAGUACUCGCAGGGAAGAAAUCAUACAGUUGCAAACAGUGUGGGAAGGGUUUUAACAGGAAGUGGUAUCUUGUUCGACAUCAGCGGGUUCACACAGGUUUGAAGCCCUAUGAGUGCACUGCAUGUGGGAAAGCCUUCAGUCAGAACUCAACCCUCAUUCGUCACUACUUCAUUCACACCGGAGAGAAACCAUACACAUGUGUCGAGUGUGGGAAGGCCUUUAAACGCAGGGCGUACCUAACACAGCAUCACCCAAUCCAUACUGGAGAGAAGCCGUAUGAGUGCCCACAGUGUGGGAAGGCCUUCACCCACCGCUCUACAUUUAUUCGCCAUAGUAAGACACACACUGGGGAAAAACCUUUUAAGUGUAAAGAAUGUGAGAAAGCUUUUGCCACUAAAGCGCACCUGAUUCAACACUAUGUAGUCCACACUGGUGAGAAGCCCUUCGAGUGCAUGGACUGUAGGAAGGCCUUCCGGUGCAGUGCGGAGCUGGUGCAGCAUCGGCGGGUCCACACUGGGGAGAAGCCCUAUGAGUGUGCCCAGUGCGGGAAAGCCUUCCACCGUAACAUGUAUCUUGUCCAGCAUUUGGUCAUCCAUACUGGGGAGAUGCCCUACAAGUGCAGUGAGUGUGGCAAGGCUUUCAAACGCCGAUCACACCUCCUGCAGCACCAGUGGGUCCACUCUUGAAGGAAACCACAAGCAGUGAAUGAGGGACAAUUGGUUAUACUGUGCUCAUCUUUUGUCUAUGCUAGCAGGACCUACACAGAAGAAAAACCCAUAGAGUAUAAAGAGUGGUGAGAAGCAUCUUGGAGGACUCUAGCAGAAGCAAAACCUUACUUCUAUCCUGGAAUCCCUAGUGUAGGAGUGCCUGUGAGAAACCUUUUUGACAGUGGAUCACUGACUUGCACUGGAAACCAUUGUGCUAGAAUCAGACUCCCUUUUGUAUUUGGCCUAUGGAGUCACAGAAUGCCUCAUUCACCAGUCUCCUUGGUUAACAUGGAAAGCUUUCUCUGCAGCUUUCAGAAAGCCGUAUGAAAAGAGAACAACAGAGUAGGAGGAAAACACAUUCUGUUACAACUCACUCAGCUUUCACUGCCAAGCCUUUCAUAGUAUUUAUCAGUUUUACUUUUGAUAGGGACCUCGGGGCCGUGAAAGGGCUCUCAGUCUGUUAUUUUAUAUGUGACCUACAGUUAUAUCAGGAGAGGAACUGCAGCAGCCCUUCCCUGAUCACACAUCUUGACACGUGAGAAGGGCACUGCUUCUUGACAGAUAAAGGAUUGAGUGAUGAGGUGGUUGAACCUAAGAGAAAUUCAAAUGCUACAUGAAAAUGUGCACCUUGUAGCACUGCAAGGGCUUGCUUUUUAUAAACCCAUUCAUAUGACUUUUAACUAACACUUGGUUUUUUUUAUUCCAUGCUACUUGUCUGUUUUCUCUGCAGUGUAGUGUUCAGUCACAUUGCACUUAAGUUUCCUCAGGGGGCCCCAGUGAUCUUUUUUUCUGAUGUUUCUAUGAUCUUGUGAGGUUUAUUUACAUGUUCUCUGCAGGUCUUUAGGGUUGAAUGAUAGGCAAAAGAAGAUAGGGCAAAUCUAUAAUCAACUCAGGAAAAUACUGGGUACUCUAAAUGUGGUACUCUAAAAUCUUGCUAGAAAAUCAAGUACCCUACGUUUUGAAUCAGGAUGUACAUGUGCAGGUUUGUGAGGCUCACAGCCACCAUAGUUUCCCUCCCUUGUGCUAGCAUAGAGUAUGGUGAAUAUGGAAUUUCCUGUGGGAUUUUCUUCCAGUUCAUUCCCAGACUAUCCAAGGUAAGCAACAUUGUUUUAAAAAAAAAAAAAAAAGUAUCUUGUACCUAGAAGUCAUGGCAGAUACUAUAAUCUCAGCAGUCUUUGAGGCUGAGGCAAGAGGAUCACAAGAUCAAACUCAUCCUGAACAACUUAGAACUUCAAUAUCUAAAUUUUGAAAAAAAAAAAAUUUCAAGGCUCUGGGUUCAUUCCACUCCUUGAGUGGGUAGGUGGGGUGGGGAGACUAGAAUUUUCAUUUUUUCACUGAGUCAACAUAUAAAUGCUGUACACAUUUUUUAUUGUGGGAAGAGCAGUGAUUUGUUUGUCAUUGAAAAGAACAAUCCCUCAGCUGUCAAGUCUUCUCAUAAGUCUUUCCUGCAUGGUACGAUGACCUGCCAUGAACUUGCUCCUGUGAUAGGUAAAAGGUAGCAGACUUCUGUGGUCACACUAGCUAGUAGGACACGUGAGUGACACACAGGCCAACACUUGAGUGGGGAAGGAACAUAUGUCUAGUGUAGAAAAAGCAUAGGAACAGAUACAAAAUGAACCUCUUCCCACCUUCAAAAUGUCUACCUCCUGGAUCCUAUCAUUUCCCCUUUAUUUUGAUCUAUAUAUAUGUAUUUUAGGUUUCUCAUAUAAAAGACACCAUGAGAUACUUAACUUACAUUUUGAUGUAUUUCUCUUGAACACUGGGAGCAUAGUAUUUUUUGUCACGAAGGAGCAUAAUGGUACGUGUGUCGAUCUGUGUUCUUUAGAACUUUUAUUGAUGAAUUAUUUUAACAUUUUUAUUUUAAAGAGCAAUAAAAUGAUAGUUUCAAAAUAAUACAAAAUUAA